AUGUCAGCCCCAACGCAUUCAAAUAUGCAAACACCACCGAAAGAUGAGAGCGACUCUUGCAGUCGGCCAACGCAUCAUUUACAAGAGAUCAAAGUCGGAGAUAACAGCGUUCAGCUCUUGUUGUCGACAAAAGAUCACCUCUAUGACGCCAAAGACGUCGGAGCUGGAGUCAACUGUUAUCAAGUUAUCGGUUCUUGGGAAGAAGGCUCAGUUCAGGAACUUGCCAAGGUUUUAAGCCAACGCCAAGUCAUCGAAAAUCGGCAGUCAUCUACGUACGCUGAGGCAUCUCGCUUUGAGAGACAUGGGGCAGGAAAGUCUCUAGCAGAGGCCAAGCGAACAACAUAA